AUAAAUAAAAUCAAAUAAAAUAAAUACCCCUCCCAAAACCACCCUCUUCCUCCUCCUCCUCAUGGGUCGUUGCUGCACAAUAUCCACCAGACGCGAGCCAUGGUUAAAAUUCAGCGUACACAAGUUCUUCUGUUAGCAUAUCAGAGUUUUGGCAUAGUUUUUGGUGACUUAAGCAUUUCCCCCAUUUAUGUUUAUAAAUGCACGUUUUCUGGACGAUUACAUCAUUAUCAAAGUGAGGAUGUCAUAUUUGGGGCAUUUUCGUUGAUCUUUUGGACUUUCACACUUCUUCCAUUGUUUAAGUAUGUCUUUGUCAUGCUGAGUGCUGAUGAUAAUGGCGAAGGAGGAAUUUUUGCUUUGUAUUCUCUCCUCUGUAGACAUGCAAGAUUUGGUUUGCUUCCCAAUCAUCAAGCAGCUGAUGAGGAGCUUUCCACAUAUCAUAACUUGGGCUCAGGCAGACAUAGAAACAUACCACCCUCUCCAUUCAAAAGAUUUCUUCAGAAGCAGAAGAAGACGAGAAUGAGUUUGCUCCUCUUUGUUUUGUUUGGUGCUUCCAUGGUGAUAGUUAAUGGUGUCCUAACACCUGCAAUUUCUGUUUUAUCAUCCAUUGAGGGUCUGAGAGUUCAAGCCCAGAAUUUGCAUGAAAGUAUGGUGGUUGUUAUUGCAUGUGGUGUACUAGUAGGCCUCUUUGUUUUGCAGCACCGUGGCACCCACAGGGUAGCCUUCAUAUUUGCCCCAAUUAUAAUAGUAUGGUUGCUGUCUAUUGCUUCCAUUGGCAUCUACAAUAUCAUUGAGUGGAAUCCAAGAGUUUACCAGGCUCUUUCUCCAUACUACAUUUACAAAUUCUUCAGGAACACAGGAAGAGAUGGUUGGAUUUCUCUUGGAGGAAUACUUCUGUGCAUAACAGGAAGUGAAGCUAUGUUUGAAGAACGUGGUCACUUUUCAGCCGCAUCUAUAAGGGUUGCAUUUUCUUGUGUUACUUACCCUUGCCUUUUGCUUCAAUACAUGGGGCAAGCAGCAUUCCUCUCAAAAAAUUUCUCUUCUGUUCCUAGAAGCUUCUAUGCAUCCAUUCCAGAUCCCUUAUUCUGGCCAGUUUUUGUGAUGUCAACUCUCGCUGCAAUUGUAGCUAGUCAAGCUGUCAUAUCUGCAACAUUCUCAAUUGUUAAACAGUGCCAUGCGUUAGGCUGUUUUCCUCGUGUCAAGGUGGCACCCACAUCUAGAUGGAUCCAAGGGCGAAUCUUCAUCCCAGAAAUAAACUGGAUCCUUAUGGUGUUAAGUCUAGCAGUUACUGUUGGUUUUCAGAACACAACUCUUAUAGGAAAUGCAUACGGGAUUGCUUGCAUGACUGCAACAUUUGCAACAACGUGGUUGAUGUCAUUAGUCAUCUGCUUUGUAUGGCAUAAAAAUCUUAUACUUGCUCUUUUGUUCCUUCUAGUCUUUGGAUCAGUUGAGGUAUUCUAUCUUUCAUCUUCUUAUAUGAAAAUUCCUUGGGGUGGAUGGUUCCCAUUGGGCCUUUCCAUAGUCUUCACAGUUGUUAUGUAUGUCUGGCACUACGGUACCAGGCAGAAGUAUUUGUAUGACUUGCAGAAUAAGGUGCCCAUGAAAUGGAUCCUCACUCUAGGUCCCAGUCUUGGUAUUGGUAGGGCCCCUGGGAUUGGCAUUAUCUACACUGAGCUGGUAACUGGAGUCCCAGUCAUGUUCUCCCAUUUUGUGACCAACUUACCAGCUGUCCACCAGGUGAUCAUCUUCGUCUCUGCCAAGACUGUUUCAGUUCCUUAUGUCCCACACAAAGAGAGAUAUCUUAUUGGCCGGAUUGGGCCUAAAUCUUACAAUCUGUAUCGUUGCAUCAUUCGUUAUGGUUACAAAGAUGUCCAUAAGGAAGGCGAUGAUUUUGAAAACACCCUUGUUAUGAGCAUAGCAGAGUUCAUUCAAUUGGAAGCAGAAGGUUCUGGAACUUCUGAUGGGUUUGUAGAUGGCAGGAUGGCUGUAGUCAGAAAGUCUGAGGGAUUUGGGACAAGACUAGUAACGUCGACUUCGAGAUAUGCUAACUCUGGUGAAAGCAGCAGUUCAAGUUCCACAACUGUGAGUAGCACCAAGUCAGCCACACUGCGGAACCUGCAAUCCACAUAUGAACAGGAAUCGCCUCAGCUGAUCCAGCGGCAGCCAGUCCUGUUUAAAUUGCCUGAUUCAGGUUAUAAGGAUUCACGUGUCGAGAAAGAGCUUUUGGAACUUGUGGAGGCUAAGCAUGCUGGAGUGGCAUAUAUAAUCGGUCACUCACGUGUAAAGGCUAAAAGGAAUUCAUCUUUCUUGAAGAAGUUUGUGGUUGAUGUGCUCUACUCUUUCCUGCGAAAAAAUUGUCGGGCUCCCGCUGUGACCUUGCACAUCCCUCACAUCAGUCUAAUUGAGGUGGGUUUGAACUACCAUGUGUAGUGCAGCAAGCUGAGGGGGAUUUCCAUUAUCAAAAGUUGUGCUGCAUUUUCAGGGUCACAAGCAUUUUACAGUUAUUCAAUGCUAUUUUAGUUCUUGAGGGAUCCCUCUUUUUUCCAAAAAGAAUGCAUUAAAUUUGGAAGAGCGGCGGAAUGCAUUAAAUUUGGAAGAGUGGCACUUUAUGGUCUGACUGAAACAAAGAGGGAAGAUAGAUAGUUGUUGAAUACCAAGUUCAAAUAGAGUGAGUUAAACAUCUUCAUUUUUUUUUUUGCUUGUACUGGGUCUAUCAAAUAUGUUCAUUCUUUUGCAUUAGUAAAGGAGAGUUGUGUACUGAUUGCCCAA